UUUGUGACAUUUCUUACAGUACAGUUGUCAGCAGUGAAUGAAAGACUAAAGUCUAGUAGAUGAUUAUAAAAUCAGUGUCACAGUAUUUGUAUUAUUAUAUUAAAGGGAUGCUGUUUAUGUUUAAAUACAGGUUUGGCUUGAUUUACAAAAUCUUAUAUGCAUAAAAUGUUCUUAUGAAUUUCUUAGUGAUCUAGAAAAGGCCUGUUUUAUGUAUUUUAUUAAAACAUUCUUUAGCUGGGUAUUGGAAAUACAAGUAAAUAGCUCUUGCAUGAAAACCACAAAGUGAAAGGAGACUGGUUAAAUACAGACCUCAAUGAAAUGCAAACCCUACACAGAUUAUUACGAUCCAUUGGAUUUCAAAUAACUAUUUUUAGCGUAUGAAUUCCAUUUGAUCUUAAUGCAGUGUACCUUUAAACCACCUGUCUGAUAUGGCAAUGUCUUUAUAAUUAAAGAUUGAUGCUGACCAUAGAAAGCAAAUGUCAUUGGAUACCCAGGGCUAUAUUGUUUUUGGAGUUGAUUACAUUUUGUGCUUUUUAGGAUGUCUAUUAUAAACCAAUAAGGUAGAUGCUGGCCACGUCAGCUCGUUGCCCUAAAAUUGACCAUGAACUUAGUAGAUGCUUCUUUCUGGGUUUAGGAAGCAUGCUUUUAUAUAUAGGAUCUAAGUAGUCCAGGUGUUGAUUGACGGGUAUACUGAUUUAAUGUAAGUAUACAAAUGUGAUGUUUAUGCUUAUGCGAACUGAUAGGCUGGCAUAAAGCCACUGUUCUGUUUGGGGCCAAAACAUCACCUGGGCUUUAAGAAUUUCCAUUCUGAAGUAGUUUAGCUAGAAUCCUUCUCCUUAUGGGGAAAUGAUUGAAAUGUUCAAGAAAAUUGAUACUACAAGUGCUGAUGGUUGUGGCAUUUGUAACAGCACAUUUUACAGGACCCCUUGCUGCCAGAGGCAGUUAAAGAGCAAACUCGAAAGACACUCUGUGCUGUUCUCUGAAUAUCUUCUCAUUAUGAAGAUGAGAUGAGGAAUGAAGCUGUGAUUGUAGGAGCAGGGGAAGAAAAGAUACUAGUUGAAAUAGUAGCAUCGCUCUGUCCGGAAGUACCCGUGUUCUGGUGGAUCAAGUAGCUGUCAUGACUGACAUGCAGUCAACGAUUCAGAACUCAAGCACUUGAUAUAAUACUACAGAUAUACUUCCUGAUUUCCUUGGAGGCUGUAAAAGCUCCUCAGUAGCACCAGCUGUUGGUUUGAAUAGUGCUAAUGCCAUGAGCUAUUAGAAUCUUUCCUUUCCAGCAUUGUCUGCACUUUUUUGUUUGUUUGUUUUUGUUUACAGAAUUGCCCUCUGACUUCAGUCUUGAUUAUUAGUUAAUAUGCAGCACCUAAGGGGCCUUAGAGAUGAAUCACUGUGUUUUAGUAGUGGCAAUACAGACCUGGAGCACAGAUGCUCUUCCCAUAAGCUCUCCAUUAAGAUGUAUUUGGGUUUUCAUUGGAACAUAUUCUAAGCAAAGAUUAUUCUGGCUGUGAAAACUCCUCUAGGCAGAACAGUUGCUUCCAGCCUCUUAUGGUUUUUUUUCUAGUUGCCUAACCUUUUGCUUUUUUUUUUUCAACUGUAACUUUAGUAGGGUUCUGGACACGGUAAUGCAAUGGCCAUUGUCAGUGUGUGAAUUCUGUGUUUCACCAAGGAUGGAUGGCGUGAUUGGGGGUUUAGAUGGUGUAAAGGUCCUUCUGCAACAAAUACUCCCCAUCCCAGUGACCGCAGGAUCAUGGUAACCAAAUUUUAAGCCAGUGUGUAUGCUUUUUCAGGAUCUCAGUCUAGCACUAGAAAGCAAAGUCAUCGUUCACUAAGUGGCCUGCAUUUUUCUCCCUAAACAAAUUUUAAGUUGAACAACCUGGAAAAUGUUUGACAUAUAUUUCACUGUGGGGGAAAAAAAGCACGAGGUUUGCUGAUUUUCGAAACCAGUGUCCUCUAGAAGUGUGUUCAUGCCUACACCACAACAUGUUAUCUGUAUGUGUUCUGUGUCUCUGACCCUUGUAAAUAUUUGUUCAGCACAAAUAGCUGGAAGGUGAGGUCCUGUGCAGGGGAAGAGCGAUCAUGACAAAGUUGAAGAUUAAGUAGAGAGAAAUCCUCUACCUGAUGUCAAGGAAGGGGUAGCAUUCAUCGCUUUAAGCAGUAUUAGUGAGAAGCAAAUGCUAAUAUUAAACUUGUCAGUGGAAAGGAAAGAGCAUAUAAACAUCUUUUUUCUACUGGUGGGUAUUAAUUGCUUUAAAGAAACCUAUACAGCUUUUUCCCAAGCUAGAGAGCUUUAGCACUGAAUUACCUAAAAUGUUUUGGCAUUGGGUGUCCAUUUUGUCUCACCUCUCUUAAGGCUCUCAUUGUGUGGUUCAUCCUGUGCAUUGACAGAAUGCAUCUUGGAGAGGAGAUGAUGAGCUCUGGAACAUGCUAGUUCCAUUGCAUCCACAGAACAGUAAUCUGCCCAUUAAACGUGUUUCUCCAACAGCGAAUAGGAAAAUAUAACUUGGAAUACUUGUAACUUUAAAGUCAUCAAGCCAUUCAAUAAAAUCAUAGAGCAAUUGAGGGACCUCAAGAUACCUGUGGUCCAGUCCCCUGCUCAGGGCAGGAUCUGCUCCAAGGGUCAGACCAGGUUGCUCAGGGCUUUGUCUUCAAGAGCAAACUUGCUCUUGGUAACCUCGGAGGAUGGAGGCGGCACAGCCUGCCUGGGCAACCUGCUCCAAUGCUGGACUCUCCUGGUCACAAAAAAGUUGUUCCUUCUAUCCAGUCAGGACCUCCCCUGUUCUGCUUUACACCUAUCAUGUCUCAGACUCCCACCACUCUCCACUGUGAAAAGCCUGGCUCUCCAUGGAAAAUCCCCCUACUUCUCAGCUGUUUCUUCAUGGAAGGAGUAACUUCCCCUCACCCCAUCUUCCCCGUCUGUCUGUUGUGAAGAGGUUGUGUCCAUCCAUUGCAGUCUUCCAGUUAUCUAAGCUUUCCCACCUCUGUGACUGCGUGUGGAGCUCCAGUUCUUCCUUUUCCUUCAUGCUUUCCCAAUUUCAAAAAGGUCUAAAACUUUUGGCUUUAUCUAUCUACAUCUCUCUUUUUUUGGCUAUAAAGUCUAAAUUCGGAUUUUGAACGUCUCUUGUGUUUGGGUAUAUUUAAGUGUUAGCUGGUUUUGGCUUGUUGCAAUUGUAAUGGCUGUUCACACAAACUGUCUCUCUCAGCCCCCAUGGGAAAGGAAUCUUAGUUUUUAAUUUUAGCUUCUUCAGCAACCUGCUGACAGAGUUUGAUUUCCACCUACCACCUCCUCUCUCUCUCCCAAGCCCUCUGUCUAAGCUAGAAAAACUGAGAUCCAGAACCAGUCUGGGGCAGCUCUUCUUUUGGCGGCAACUCCGUUGUCUUUAAAUGGGAAUCAAAUGUAUAUUACUUGGACUAACCAGUGAGAGGCAAUGUGAGCCCUGUUCCUGUCCACCCUUCAUUCCAGGCUUGUAGUGGAAUCAGCACUGUCUAACUGGCUGGGCUCCAAAGCCAUUUAACCUAGGUGCAAGCCUGUGAAAUGUAAAUAUAUAUAUUUAAAAUGUUUGUAUUGGGCAGUGUGAAUUUGUAGAAAUAAAGGAAGCUGAGCGGUGGAGUUCAGCCAUAGGUGUAGCAGGUGUCUUUCUUUUCUGCAGCAGGAGCACUGCUUCCCAGUAGGCAGUGUUGAAAAGUUCACUAGAAAUCCUAGCUCAGCCACUGACUCACUCAGUGGUCUGGAGCAAGUCGUUGCUCUCUUGCUGCCUCUGUUUCCUCCAUCUGUGAAAGCAGAUGAUCAACUCUGUUGUUGAGGUGCUUGUCACUGGAGAAUAUUCUUCAUACAACCUAAUUAACUAAUACAAUCGAUAUGUGCUAUUAUUGAUUGGGCAUAUUGGACCUUGACAUGCUAGAGCACUGAUGGUGUUGCCUCCUGUGAUUCAGGCAUCAUGUUCCGCAAGAAGAAGAAGAAACGCCCGGAGAUCUCAGCUCCGCAGAACUUUGAGCACCGUGUCCACACUUCAUUUGACCCAAAGGAGGGCAAAUUUGUGGGCCUGCCACCUCAAUGGCAGAAUAUUCUAGACACGCUGCGGCGCCCCAAGCCAGUGGUAGACCCUUCAAGGAUCACGAGGAUGCAACUCCAGCCUAUGAAGACUGUGGUAAGGGGCAGCACCAUGGAAGUGGAAGGCUAUAUCUCCGGGAUACUCAAUGACAUCCAGAAGCUUUCUGCCAUCAGUUCGAACACUCUGAGGGGAAGGAGCCCUACCAGCAGGAGGAGAGCGCAGUCCCUCGGGCUCCUGGGGGAAGACAGACCCCCAGACAUGUAUCUGCAGAGUCCUGAAGCAGACUGGGCAGACAAAUACGGAAACUACCUCAACUGCAAUGGUGGGACCAAGGUGACCCGGAGGCAGACUAUGUGGCCAGAUUACAAACCCCGCCUGGAAGGACAGUCUCACCCCAACGGCAUGGUGAUGAAAGCACAGUCCCUUGGACCUUCGGAGUUCCGGGGUGCUGAUGGCAGCUGCCUCCAGCGUGCCUCUGGUUUGCAGCACAUGCCAACUCUGCCGGCGGAGGGUGAGAAGGCGGGGAAAAAGAGCUCAGAGGAGUGCUGGCCUCAGCCUUGUCUCGUACGGCAAGCAAGCGCCAGGCCCUCAGGGGAGGGCAGCCCUAGCUCCAAAUCCAGGGAGAACAGCCUGAAGAGGCGGCUGUUACGCAGUGUGUUCCCCUCAUCCAGCGGCUCAAACAAGUCAGGCACUUCCCUGCAGAUAAAGGCCAACGCUUUCUUCAGGCCCCAGCAAUGGGGGUCACCACGCAGCCCUGCAGCCAAAGCCCAGUCCCUUCCAUCAGAUCCACCUGCAUCCGAUUUCCCCAGGAUGAUCUCAGAAGCUGGGACCCCCCAGAAGUCACCCACAGCAGAGAAGGCAAUUGCACUGCCACCGGGCAGGCCGUCACCGGCAGGAUCUCCCAGGAACCGGCAGACUCAGACUAGUUCUAGCAACCUUCACCUUCCCCAGGACUCUUCUGUGAAAGGGCAGCUGGCCAGCGAGGACCCGGUGGUUGUGACUCAUGAGCAGUUCAAAGCUGCCCUUAGGAUGGUUGUGGACCAGGGGGAUCCCCGGACAUUGCUGGAGAAUUAUGUAAAGAUUGGUGAAGGGUCCACAGGUAUUGUCUGUAUUGCUCGAGAGAAGCACUCAGGGCGGCAGGUGGCCGUGAAAAUGAUGGACCUGAGAAAGCAGCAGCGCCGGGAGCUCCUUUUCAACGAGGUGGUGAUAAUGAGGGACUAUCAACAUGUCAAUGUAGUGGAGAUGUACAAGAGCUAUCUAGUGGGAGAGGAGCUCUGGGUGCUGAUGGAGUUCCUGCAGGGGGGAGCCCUCACAGACAUUGUCUCUCAGAUCAGGCUAAAUGAAGAGCAAAUUGCAACAGUGUGUGAAUCGGUGCUGCAGGCUCUGUCAUACCUUCACUCUCAGGGGGUCAUUCACCGAGACAUCAAGAGCGACUCCAUUCUUUUGACGCUGGAUGGAAGGGUCAAACUCUCCGAUUUUGGCUUCUGUGCUCAGAUCAGUAAAGAUGUACCUAAAAGAAAGUCCUUAGUAGGUACUCCCUACUGGAUGGCUCCAGAAGUUAUUGCAAGGAUACCAUACACUACUGAGGUGGAUAUCUGGUCUCUGGGGAUCAUGGUGAUAGAGAUGGUGGAUGGAGAACCCCCCUAUUUUAGUGAUUCUCCAGUCCAGGCAAUGAAGAGACUCCGUGACAGUCCUCCUCCCAAACUGAAAAACUUCCACAGGACCUCCCCAGUUCUGAGAGACUUCUUGGAAAGGAUGUUGACACGGGAUCCACUAGAAAGAGCAACGGCACAAGAACUCCUGGAUCACCCCUUUUUGCUCCAGACAGGACUUCCAGAGUGCCUGGUCCCCCUUAUCCAACAAUACAGAAAGCGUACCUCUACCUGCUGAUUUUACAUAAGGGCAAAUGCCAGGAAAAAGUAAUGUUUAUUUAAAUUAAAAAAAAAAAAAAAAAAAAAAGAGACUGGGCAGUCUCGUCUUGCAAAUGGUGCUUGGAACUUGUCAGCAAUCAUUUUAGAGGAUGAAUGUGAAUACUGUCCUUGCAUUCUCAGCCUCUUGUGGCUUUUCUUGCUGAAGACAAUCAAUACGUACUAGAUCCAAAUAAGACCAAGUGUGUCUCAAGAACAAAGCAGGCGUCUCGUGGCUUCUUCUGAAGAAUAGCAUUUUAAAAUGGAGUCUGAAGUUGCGUAUCUGAAUGUCUGCAAGUUCCUGCAAACCUUGGCUGCUGACUACUGAACUGGAACAAUAUUUCCCAAUUAGAAAUGUGAUCUUCGUUUCCUUAGUUGUACACUGGAGUCUUGAGCUGACUCGGAUGUAUGGUUUUGGGAUACAGACCCCCUUAAACUCUCAAACAAUGCACAAAGACUUGACAAUUUUUUUCUUUGAGACUUUUUCACAGAUGAUUUUAAUUUCCUUUGUUUAAAUGUGGACUUAGAAAACUGUACAUAUUUUCCAAGGGAGCAGGUGUGAUAUGUAUAUAUUUGUUUCUAAAUGGCUCUCUGGCACCACCAUGCUUCACUUUUGCUGAGGAAUAUGUAUGGUUUAGUGGUCAAUCUUGAAUCCAUUUCAUGAUCUUAAGCUUUUGGAGGGGGAAUCCCUUGGAUGUGGACUCUCUGAAGAUGGGCGUUCUUGCUACCAGGAUCUCAUGGUUGAAAAUUCACAACACGCAACACCUCCAGUGCUGGUGGGAACGGAGAGGCUGAGAGCUGGCUCCUGCACUGGGUUUCCAGGCACCUUUCUUUCCAAGUCUUUUCUCCCAAGAGAGGCUGAGAAGUGCUGCCCUGGGACGAUUGUUGGGCAGCCGUGGGGGAUGCUCUAGGAGACUGAAUGAAAAGGUUUCAGCUGUCCUGCAUACCCCAGGAGAGAUUUUUGUGUUCGUGUGAGGUGAUGUGUUGAGCCUUGGUCUCCCCUGCUUGCUACUGCAGAACAUGGGGAGAAGGGAAACUUUUGAUGUAUGUUUUGUUAUCGGUAAUGCCCUAUCCCACCAUCCCUUCGCUGAUACGUUUGGAAGGUUACUGGUUGUCUAAACAGCUCUUUCAGUUAUUAUUUUAAAAUAGAUUUAGAUAUUUUGUAUGAUACGCUUUCUGAUCGGCGAGAUAGUCAAGGUAAUUGGACUCUAGGUCAGGCUGUAACGUUGUACAGUAAUGGUGUGUAUUGUUGUGAGGUCUCGAGAAUAUAAUCUUACAUGUGGAACUGGGAUCCUGUUUUGAAACUCCAGAUACAAAUUUAUAGGAAUUUAAGUUAUUCUUGGGACAGGCCUGCUGUCUCAGAACGAACCUCAUGAUUGCAUUUUCCUCAGAAGAUGUUAAUAAUCUUUAUCCUCUGCUAUUUACUCCAGUUACAGAUCCUGCUUCAAAAUUGAAGCCACAGUCGAUUACUUGAAGUAAUUUGGGAUGGAAUUCAUCUGCACUGAUGCCAGCCAUCAAACGAUGGGCAUCCAGUCUGUGAAGCACAUAGGUUGGCUCUGUAGACCAUGGUGCAAGGAGCACCUCAGAGGGUGAUUCAUCUCCAUUCUCUCAGAUACCUGCUGAAGGAUGAAAUUGCUGUCCCUCGAAACCGCUCUGCCUGUGGCUGGCAGAGGGAUCGUAGGUGGUUUGCCUGGACUGGGUGUUGAUGAAGUUGGUUGAAAUUAAUUCAUUUAGCUCCUCCUUAGCUGCACUGGAAAAUUUUUGAUGUAAAAUGUUUCUGUAUUCCAGAUAUACUGCUUUUUUUUAUGCAAAAGAGCAGGGCUUUGAAAAGAUUUAUAAUUUGAAACAAACGAUCCUGCUCGUCUGUAGUUGUGAAUCCUUUGCACUUGUGUUUUAAAUUAAAGUAGAUCUUGAUUUAUUCAUAAGCCUGUUGCAGUGCUGAGAUGCUUUAAAAUAUGUCUAUAGUUCAGAGAUGUAAGGGAAGCGUGAACCUUGAAGUCUGGUCUAACUUAUCUGUUCUGUGGCUAUGUGGCUUUUAAAACAAGAAGAGACUGCAGCAGAAGCCUGGAUCCUGAAACAAACAUUUCUUGGAGACAGGGAUGACAGGUUUAACUUUUAGCACCGUUUUAUACUUUGGCCCAAGUCUGACUAAACACAGUGAGGGAAGGCCCCCUUGAAAGAUUGCAUUCAAGUAUCUUAUAAAAUAUUAAAAACUCAUUACCAUAUUUGCGAAGAAUGCACAAAGUAUCCAUCUUCCUGUCCAAUAUAGAAUUAAAUAUCUGACUCUUGUGUUUCUCUCUUUACAGUUCGUGCAUGGCAUAUCACCAAUUAAUUGCUCCAUUACUUAGAUGAGUGUGGUAUCAAAUAUAAAUCCAAAGGCAAACCUAGAUCAGUUAAAAGAUUGAAGCUGUGUCUCCAGGGCCAACAGCUCCUUCCCCAAGAAGCAGGCAGCCAGGCAGGAGAAUUAUGAUAAACAGAGCAGGUUCGUAAUUUGCAUUGCAGUAGCGUUCAGGAGCGAGAUUUCUUGUAUGCUAAGCGAUACCGAAGUAUGUAACAAACUGUAGCCUCUUCUCUGAAGAGCUCGUAGGCUACGCGGCGGGUAAUUAUGCUCUGAGAUGUUGUUUUCUCUGAUUAUCUUUUCAUAUAUACUUUCAACAAGGCUAUGCUUAUGUCUCAGGGGUUUCUGUUGUUUUGUGUCAUGUUUCACCUGAAUCCU